AUGAAGAGGCAGAACGUGCGGACUCUGUCCCUCAUCGUCUGCACCUUCACCUACCUGCUGGUGGGCGCCGCCGUCUUCGACGCCCUCGAGUCGGACCACGAGAUGCGCGAGGAGGAGAAACUCAAAGCCGAGGAGAUCCGGAUCAAGGGCAAGUACAACAUCAGCAGCGAGGACUACCGGCAGCUGGAGCUGGUGAUCCUGCAGUCGGAGCCGCACCGCGCCGGCGUCCAGUGGAAAUUCGCCGGCUCCUUCUACUUUGCCAUCACGGUCAUCACCACCAUAGGUUAUGGGCACGCUGCUCCCGGCACCGACGCGGGCAAGGCCUUCUGCAUGUUCUACGCCGUGCUGGGCAUCCCGCUGACGCUGGUCAUGUUCCAGAGCCUGGGCGAGCGGAUGAACACAUUCGUGCGCUACCUGCUGAAGCGCAUGAAGAGGUGCUGCGGCAUGCGCAACACGGAGGUGUCCAUGGAGAACAUGGUGACCGUGGGCUUCUUCUCCUGCAUGGGGACGUUGUGCAUCGGGGCAGCUGCCUUCUCCCAGUGCGAAGAGUGGAGCUUCUUCCACGCCUACUACUACUGCUUUAUCACGUUGACUACCAUUGGGUUCGGGGACUACGUCGCCCUGCAGACCAAGGGCGCCCUACAGAAGAAGCCACUCUACGUGGCCUUUAGCUUUAUGUAUAUCCUCGUGGGGCUGACGGUCAUCGGGGCCUUCCUCAACCUGGUGGUCCUCAGGUUCCUGACCAUGAACAGCGAGGACGAGCGGCGGGACGCCGAGGAGAGGGCAUCCCUUGCUGGAAACCGCAACAGCAUGGUCAUCCACAUCCCGGAGGAGGCGCGGCAGGGCCGGCCCCGCUACAAAGCGGACGUCGCGGACCUGCAGUCCGUGUGCUCCUGCACGUGCUACCGCCCGCAGGAAUACGGUGGCCGCUUGGCGGCACACCAGAACUCCUUCAGCGCCAAGCUUGCCCCCCAGUACUUCCACUCCAUCUCUUACAAGAUCGAGGAGAUCUCACCAAGCACAUUAAAAAACAGCCUCUUCCCAUCCCCCAUCAGCUCCAUUUCUCCCGGGUUACACAGCUUUACUGACAACCACAGGCUCAUGAGACGGCGGAAGUCCAUCUAGGGUGUGGGAGGGAAACACAAACAGAAAAAGUCACUUGUCAUAGUUGACGUUCAGUCUCAUUGGCCCCACGUGUCUUUUCUUGUUUAUUUAUUGUUGUUAUCUUUUAUUAUUAUUGUCAUCGCUUUUUCUUUCUGUCCUCCCUUCUUGGUUUCGUUUCCUCCCCACCGUUCCAGCGAGACAGAGCCGGCCAAAGGGAAAAGAAAGGCCCGUCUUCCUCUGAAACUCGCAUCUGAGCAUGAAGCAUGGAUUUCUUCCUUCUUCCCAGCGAAGUAUGCCUUACAUUUCUGCCCAACCUGCCCCAUCUCUGGGGUGGCUUUCCCAGGACAGGUGUGAGACCAAGACAAGGAGACAGAGCUGAGAGGAUACCCAACCCAAAGUUGCACACCCAGCUGAGAGCCUUGAGCGCCCACCGACAGUGGUGUCUCUGACCCAACUCCUCUCUCUUUCCCUUCCCAAGCAGCAGGUGGCCGUAUGUGUGUGGUCUGAGAGUGUGUGAGUGAAUGCACACACCAGUGUGCUUGUGUAUAUGUGUGUGUGUGGUGUGUGUGUGGGUGUGUGGUGUGUGCACCGUGUGACCAAAUGGAAAGUAUCAGGUAUUUAGCUUCCUUUUCCAUCACAGUUUUUUUAAAUAACCUGCUUUUGGCUGCUUCCAAACAGAAAAAUGGGAAAACAAAACCUAUGAGGUUUUUGAUUUAUCAUCUUGCCAAAUCAAGCAUGUUCCAUAAGCAGUCUUUAUCCCAGAUGUGUCAUGGUCACAUUUUUAAAAUGCUAGGUUCUAAAUUAUAUUAGCUUCUUUUUAGGGGGUGGGUGGGCAAGAAGACAUGGAUCAUUUUAGCUUGCCAGUUCAAAAAUUUUUAACAAGCAUGCACUUUGUUAAACUGGUAUGCGUUAUCAACACAAGAAAAGAAAACUAGCAAUGGAAUAAUCAAAAGCCAAUAAUUUAUUAGAGAUACUUUUAAUUUUACCAUCUUCUGUUCCAACAAUUUUCCGUGCAACUGGAAGUAUCAGGGGAAACUGGAAAAUUGUUGCAACUACAGAGUACCUAUUUUAUUAUUUCUUAUUUAUGUGAUGAUGAUGAUGAUCUGUGCAGCGUCUACCUACAUGAGUAAGAAUUACAGUUUGGGAUGCUUGGAUGAGAAUGGGUAUUUGUCAGUGGAUGUUGGAUGUGGUUUCUUUUCCUAAUUAAAAAAAAAGACAGGGCAUUCCUCAUUUUAAAGAAUAUAUAUAAUGUAUUUUAAGAAAGAUUGUCUUUAGUUGCAUUUGAUCUGUAAAUAAGGGAACGUUGAUGUUGGUCUCAGGAAGAGUUUAGAGGCAAGGAACUGUGUCUUGGUCUGCUGGGAACUUGUCAAUCUCAGGGGAUGAUUUUUUCUGAAUAGUGGAGAAAUUCCUCCCCACUCUCAAUAGGGGAUGAGGCAAAAGGGAAGGCCUGCUAGUCUCCUGGGGCCCAGUUAGGCUAUUGAAUGUGGCACAUUGGAGGCCUUUCUCGUGACAGGAAUAAAGGAAGGUCUAACCUCCAACUUCAGAGGGGCUUGUCAUUUCCCUCAUCACUGUCUCUGCCGUUUCUAAAAAUCAGCCACCCUUGCACUUAUU